AUGCUGAGGUUCCAGUCUCUGCCUAGGGCCCUCCUGGUGGGACUUCUGCUCCCCAUGGUGCAGCCUGCCUGCAGCAUGUCAUCCCUGGUUCCAGGCAGCCCACUGUCUGACAGCGAGUACCAGGUCUUCUUUUCUGCCCUGAUGCCCUCCUGGAAGGCAGGUGUCGCCUGCCAGAUCCGACGUACUCAAGGGUGCCAUGACCCUAAAGUCAUCCGGCUGGACCAGUUUGAGAACCAUGGCUGGAUCCCAGAGGGCCCUAUCUGUUCUGACCUCCCAGAUGCCUCGUGGUUUCAAACCUUCUGCCAGUUUGCACAUUAUCGCUGCUCCAACCGCAAGUACUACACCAAGCGGAUCCUGUGUCCUGAUAUGGCUCCCCCCAAAGAACCUCGUGCCCAAGGAGAGGUGUCUGAUACCAUGGGCUCCUGGGCAAAAAGCAACUGGUCUUCCCGUGCUGGGUCCACUAGCGAAGCAGCGCUGGGUCAGGCAGACCCCAGACCCAUGAGUCAGACUACCCUGCUGCAUCCUGACAUCCGCCUUCACGCCAGUGUCAACACUAUUCUGAAAUAUGCCUAUGCUGUCUCGGGCCAGGAACCAGUGAUCAGGAGGCACAUCCCAGGUGUGCUGACCCAGAGAAGUCUCAAGCCUGGAGGGGACCCAGAGCUGGCAGGCCCCCUGAAAGUCCAGCCAGUCACAGCCACCCCUGAAACUUCCCCGUCAGCCAUAAGACCCAGUAUCAAGACUGGAAGGGCAACAGAGCAGCACAUGCAGAAGAGCAUCCAGCAGCUGAUCAACUCAGCUCUCUCCUUGGAGGGCUCUCCGGAGAUGGAGACCACUCAGGUGCCCCUAGGCACUGCACCAGAUUGGAAGGGCUCAUUCAGCAGUGCCCAGGAAGGGAUCCCAGAUGCAAGCAGCAGUGGCAGCCUCUUAGCUCUGGAGAGGGAUGAGGCUCUGGUGAUUCUCUGCUAUGCAAUGCUGGAGGGGAUCUGCCUAUCAUCAGCCAUUACCCAGGCUUGGAAGCGAAUGGAGGCAAGAACCCUUGGAUUUGGGGAUUCGGUGUGCGAUAGUCUUGGAAGGCACCACAUGGAUCUAUGCCCUGACUGUGCCUUCUGCUCACUGAAGAGGGAGCAGUGCCAUGGGGUGUCAGAUCUGAGACGUGUUCACUGCAAUGUUGGCACCUUCACUACCUACAUCAACCCUGAGAUCUCUGCCCAGUAUCAGGCUGUGGGCAAUAAGGUUGGUUCCCUGGAGGCAAUGGGGUAUUAUGGGAUGGAGGUGUACGGAGGGCUGCGUGCAGAUUAUUGGUGUGGCCGCCUGGCCACGCAUGGCUGUGAUGACCCCCGCGUGAUCCUUUGGCUGCAAGUGGAAUAUGCUUUCUUCCAAGGAGGAGACUUCCCAAACAAAAUCUGUGACUCAGAUAGAGUUCAGCACCCUAAUUACUGUGCAUUCAAGAGUCACCAGUGCCUACAGCGCAGCCUCAGCAGCCAGAAGGUGCUUCGUCAUGGUUGCCGCAGGAACGAGACAUACCAAGUGCUGAGUGAAGAGAAAGGCGAGGAGGAGGUGCUGCUCUGGAGCCAGAAAUUCUUCAGCUUGACUGAGGGAUGAGUGGAGGAGAGAGGACAGAGGGAGACCCCAGGGAUGAAGGAAAAAGGGGGCAUAGGGCACUGAAUGGACCCUGUGGAGGCAGAGAGUGAGGAGAAACUUGAUAGGACCUGAAGCAACUUUUCCCAACCUCUGUCUGUCUCUCUGUCCCCAGGGAUAACGUCUGGUGCCCACCCCUGCUUUCAUGCAAGUGCCACAGCCUC